GUGCCUUGUUGCCCGUGCAAGUUCCCGCACUGCUCACUCCUGUCUCCCUCAGGUGGGGAGCGCUGGGCUCACGAGGUCGCAGAGGUCGCCGCACCGAGGGGCUGUGCUGGGAACACAGGGGCAAUAGAGGCCGAGUUGCCAUCGCUCUACCCUGAGCACAGAGGGGUCUGGCCCCGAGCUGUUGGGAGCCAUGGAGAGCUUCACGGAGUCACUGAACAGACUGAAGGACGUCCACGAGAACGAGGUCCGGGGUCUGCAGAACAAGCUUCUGGAGCUGAACUCCGAGAGAUGCCGCGACGCCCAGAGGGUGGAGGAGCUGUGCGCCAAGAACCACCAGCUCCGGGAGCAGCAGAAGGCGCUGAAGGAGAACGUGCGGGUGCUGGAGAACAGGCUGCGGGCUGGCCUCUGUGACCGCUGCAUGGUCACCCAGGAGCUGGCCAGGAAGAAGCAGCAGGAGUUCGAGAACAAUCUCCUCCAGAACCUGCAGCACGUCUUCAUCCUCACCAACGAGUUGAACCGGCUGCAGGGGGAAAAUGAGACACUGAAGGAGGAGAUGAAGCGGCUCCGGGGCCCACGGCUCAAGCCCCAGUACAGGGAGGGCGCCUCAGACCCCUCCUCACCCCGACUGCUCCCCUCCCCGGGCCCUCGGAAGGCUGUCACGGAGAAGACGCUGGGAGGCCAUGAGGAGGCCGAGGACGACCAUGCAGAGAAGCCUGCAGGCUACAGGACAUCUCCAGUGGCCAAAAUCUCCCCGAGUGCCAACCUGCCUGAGACACGGGCCCCAGACAUGAGCCCCCAGCGAAUCUCCAACCAGCUGCACGGGACCAUCGCGGUGGUGCGGCCGGGCUCCCAGGCCUGCUCUGCCGACCGGGCCUCAACCAAUGGGACACCCCCCCUGCCACUCGCCAGGAGCAGCCCCCCCAGCCCACCCUACGAGCACAGCCUCCCCCUGGACAGCUUCCUGCGGGCCUCCCGGCCCCCCGUCACGGCCUAUGAGUCCCUGAAGCGCUCCCUCCAGGCUGACCGCCUCUGCCUCCUGAACCACCACCUGUCUCUGCACCUUCAGAGCCCUCACCGCAGCCCCCAAGUCCCCGCCACGGCCCCCAGUGGCCCCCGGCCCCAGGGCCUGAAGGCUGGGGAGGAAGAGGCCUGGGAGGAGCCCAUGGGCCUGCUGGGGCUGCCGGGCGCCCUGGUGGACAUGCGAGACCCUCGGCUAGAAGGGGCCCUGCACCUGCUCCUGGCCCAGCAGCUGCGGGCACAGGGGCGGGUGGGCAGUGCCAGGCUGAGGGGCCCGCCCACGCCAGGGGGGACCCCGCCCUCCCCACCAGUCAGCUCUGACUCGGAAGGCCCCCAGGGCGAGGCAGCCGGGGCAGCCCCGUCCAGAGGGGGGCACGUGCAGCCCGCGGGCCCAGGCAGCCCCAGGGGAAAGGAAGCCACAGCCACACGAGACUAUGUCCCAGACAAGCCCCUGGACCUCUCAGAGUGGGGCCGGGGCCGGGAUGCCCCCAAGCCUCCCGACCGGCCAGGGUCACUCAGCCCCCCAACUGCCCACACUCCCGGCCCGGAGACACCUCAGGGAGUGGAGCCACCUGCCCAGUCUGGACCCUGGGGACUCAGCAAUGGCACCAAGGGAGCGAGAGCUCCAGAGCCAGAGGAGCCCACCACUCCCGAGGAUCCCUCCCAACCUCUUCCGGGGCCCCAGCACACCACGGCCUCUCCAAGCGGGACGGGAGCUGAGGCGAGAGGGAGGCCAAAACCUGACCCCCACCCACACAGGCCCGAAGCUGAUGGCCACCCAGAGCUCAGCAAGGCCCAAGUGCAAGGGCUAGAGCCAGACGAGCUGGACACCUCGGACCCCUCGGACGAUGAGGUGGGCCUGAGCUCUGAGGUGGGGGCCCAGCCGAGCCCUGCAGGGGAGGGGCCCAGGUGCUCCUGCACCACGGAGCACAGGCCCAGUCUGGCACGGAAGAGGAAGCGGCCCUCGGUGCGAAGCCUCCAAGAAGCCGCCACCAGGAAGAAGGAGCCCAGCGGAGCCCCUGACAGCACACGAGGGCUCCGGGAGCCCAAGGGACCCUGAGGACAGCAGCCCCUCACCCAGCGACAGCAGCUGGGAGGAGACUUAGCAGGCUGCUUCCAGGGGCACCACAGCCUGCCCAGCCACGGCUCCCCGCCUGACCCCCAGCCCAGCAGCCCAGCAGACAGCCCAGCACAGGGCAGGAGGCGACAGGGUGCUGGCCCGUGUCCACAGGGGCUGGGAAGGCCGAGGCGGGUCUCUGGCUGGUCAUUGAACCCCUCCAUCUCCGCCCGUCUCAGAAAUGACCAUCUGGUCCUGCUGCUCCACCCUCACCCUAACACCCGUUGCCUUGGGGGAAGCAGAGUUCGGGGAGGCAGGGGGCUCGCAGGCUCCAGCCCAGCCCCCACCCCUACCGCACAUAGGCAACCCUUCCUGGGCAGCGCCCCCGCCUCUCACCAUCCCAGACUCCACUGGCACCCCGACUCCCGGGCCCCUGCUGCCCGGCCACCCCUUCCCUGCUGGAGCGCAGAGCGUGAGUGGUGGUCUCAGGCGCCCCCUCGUGGAGUCCUGCAAACACGCUGGGCCGUGAGGGUGUCGGGCACCCCAGCAGAGAGCGUACCCAGGAACAAAGGUGUCAAAGACGGCCUGUGCGUCUGGCAGAGUCAGGGGUCACCUGGGUCUCCACCUGCCUCCACAGGUGGUUCGAGAGGCUGUGGAAUGCACCCAGGCCUGAACAAAACCAGCCCCGUUUGCUGAGGGGUACAGCGACCAGGGCAGCCUGUGGGGAGGGCUGCAGGGAACAGAACAGGCACAGAGCCCCCUCCUCACUGGCUACUCUUGAGGUCCAGGCCCCACGUCUGCCACUGACCGCUCAGCCACCUGCAGGGCCAGGGGCGGCUCGGCCAGGAUUGCACCCUUUGCGCUCAGGGAUACCCUGCUCCCUUGACCAUUGUCACUUUAGGAGGGUAUGUCUCGGAGCACUUCUGUAGAGAACCUUACCCAGGUUCCCGAGCCCCAUCCCAGACCCCCUGAAUCAGGGCCUUGGCGGCAGGCCUGUGCAUGAAGUUUGGGAAAUCGAGAACUGCCCGUUGCAAGGCAAAGGCAGGAUGGUGGGCAAUGACUGCACUGGGCGAGGCCUGGGGCAAACUGGGGGUGCAGACCUGACAACGAGAGCCCCACGUCCCCCUGCUCGCUGCGGCCAGCCUGCCUGCUGGCGCAAAGGCCAGAGGGACUAAGUUUCCAAGAGGGAAUGUGCAGGAGUGUAUGUGCACGUUUGUGUGUGAGAGCGUGAAACCUCCUGUUGAAAAAAAGUUGCUUUGUUUUUUCUGAAAUUGAAUAAAAAGCUGUGUGCUCCA